UUAAUAUUCUGCAGGUCUCCGUGUGCUCUGGUGUCUCACUACACAGAGGAUCUUUGUUUUUCUGGCACAGAUCUUCAGUUUCUGCGAGUUGACGGCAAUGGCUGUGCAUGCAGCCCACAGAUGUACGUAUUUGCACAGACUGCUGACAGCUUGCACGUCCAUUCGGACUCACAGCAGGCACAGAGAGGCGUUUGUGAGACUCGUUAAAAUGAGUUGCAGCAGCAGCAGCAGCAGCAGGACUUUUUCCACUGCUUCUGUGAGAUCUAAUGAGAACGAUGGACAGAGCUCAGACUCCUUAAAACUGAGCCCCACGCAGACGCAAAGGCAGGCUCUGCUGUUGAGGAGGAAGCGACCCCUGUCCCCUCUGGAGAGGAUCAGCAGUUUGCUGCCUCAGGACGCACUGAGCCCAGAGGUGAUGCAGUUGAGGGAGCAAACGCAGCAAGAACAGCGUGAAGAGGAUCCAGAGAGACGUGAACCUGAGGUAGUCACUGCAGCGGAAGAACUGGAGACCCACGCUGGUCCUGAUGCAGCAGAGGAGCCAAAAGCUGCAGCAUCUCACCAUGUGGAGAGGCAGGCGUGCCCCACUCUUCAUGGAGAGAGCUUACUCACCUUUGGAGAGCUGCUCAUCGCAGAGUACAGAAAGAAAAGGCGGGUGGAGUUCAGGAAGAUGUUUCAGCUUCAGCCGGGGGCCCGGCUGCUGAGCAGCUGGGGGAUCAUCGUGCACGAUGACCUCGUAGGGCAGCCGGCAGGCCGAUUCCUGAAGACCAGCAGGGGCGUUCCCAUCUUCUUCCGGCGUGCAAGCCUGGAGGACUACGUGCUGUAUAUGAAGAGGGGGCCUGCAAUUUCCUAUCCUAAGGAUGCGGCCACCAUGCUGCUGAUGAUGGAUGUCAUGGAGGGGGACUGUGUGCUGGAGUCGGGCUCCGGGUCCGGAGCAAUGUCCCUGUUACUGUCCAGAGCAGUUGGUUCCAAAGGUUGCGUGCUGAGUUUGGAGGUCAGGGAGGACCACCACAGAAGAUCUGUACGAAACUACGAGCGCUGGAGGACGUCGUGGGCUCUGCGACGAGGCCGGGAGUGGCCCGACAACGUGGAGUUCCACAACGCCGACCUCUGCACAGCCUCGUCGCUCCUCGCCGGACGAGGAUUUCACUCGGUCGCUCUCGACAUGAUCCACCCUCACCUGGCUUUACCCACCGUGCUGCCACACCUGCACCCUGGAGCCGUGUGCGCCGUCUACCUCGCAAAUAUUACACAGGUCAUUGAUCUGCUGGAGGGCCUCCGGUGUUCUGGGGUCCCUGCUCUGUGUGAACGCAUCGUCGAGGUUCCAGUCCGGGACUGGGUGGUGGCCCCCGCCCUGCAGAAAGACGGACAGUACUGCACCAGAAAAGCCCCCAACCUGGCUGAAGAUCCGAGGAGCGAAGAAGAGAUGUCGGAUGGGGCUGAUGGAGAAGGCAACUUCAGGCCAGCGUUCGGUGAUGUUCCCUACAUCGCCAGACCUCAUGCUGAACAGAUGAGUCACACAGCAUUCCUGGUGAAACUGAGGAAGUUUGUCCAGUAGCGACGGUCACUGAAAACCCCUGGAUACCGAUGAUUAUUUAAGAGCUGAAUUUUUACCUCACAGAGCCUGAGAAAUAAAAUAAACUGAUACAAAUCA